GCUGGGCGAGACGUACAGCCAGGCGGUGACGGGGACACGAGAAUCUGGAUAGACAGGUUGUGGUCAGGGGAGAAAGUAGAAGGAGGAGAGAGCGCAGAGCACGGAAGAGAUCACAGGUAUAAAUGUAUGUCACGGAGACCGUCCUGUACCCAUAACCUACUGAGAGACAUAUAUAUAUAUACUGAGCGGAGGUCUAAUAGACUGUACAAGAAGGGGGUACAGAGAGAGAGCUGAGGACUGUCUGACAGAGUGCACAGACACACCUCACUGGAGCUCUGACUAGACCCCCGGAGACAGAAGAGACAGUCCCGCUGGUGUGGAUUCAGGCUUCUCGUCUUCGCUUUGGCCGUCUCGCAGGUGCUGAGAUGGUGACAGAAGAAGGGGGCGACUGGCUGCUCGCUGUCCUGCGGGAGGUCCAGCUGGAGCAAUUCCACUCCAAAAUCCAGGAUGAACUCAACAUCACGCGACCGGGACACUUCGACUUUGUCAAACCAUUUGACUUGGAUCAGAUCGGAAUGGGAAGACCAGCACAGAGAAGACUCUUUGAAGCACUGAAGCGAAGGAAGCCUCCAGUGCGCCCAAAAUCGUGGAUGUACAAGAUGUUCUCCACAAGAAGCCCUGACAGCCCAGAUUCUGCCCCAUUCCCGGAUUCUGUCAUCUCGCCAUCGUCUUCCUCCCCCAAGGGGGAUCCAGACUGCUCCCUGAAAUGCUUGAUCAACGAGCGGGACCUAAGCCUGUUUGAGCGCUUGGGGGAUGGAUGUUUUGGCGUGGUCAGAAGAGGAGAGUGGAGGAUACCAGGCGGAAGAGUGGUGAAUGUCGCAGUAAAGUCCCUCCGGUCAGAUGCUGGCUCAGACCCCGACGCGCUGCUCGAUUUCCUGCAGGAGGUGAAUUCCAUGUACGCCUUGGAUCACCCGCACCUCAUACGCCUGUAUGGUGUGGUCCUGGCGCAGCCGCUGAAGAUGGUGACGGAGCUGGCACCUCUGGGAUCCCUCCAUGACACCCUGCGCUCACGUUACGGCACCUUCCCUCUGCCGCUCUUGUGGUCGUACGCCCUGCAGAUCGCCUCAGGCAUGAGCUACCUGGAAUCCCGCAAGUUCAUCCACCGGGACCUGGCAGCACGAAACAUCCUGAUGAGCAGUGAGGAGGUGGUGAAGAUUGGCGACUUCGGGCUGAUGAGGGCGCUGAACGGGCACAGCGACCAUUACAUUAUGUCUGCUCACCGCAAGAUUCCCUUCGCAUGGUGUUCCCCAGAAAGUCUGAAGAUCGGCACCUUCUCUCACCCGUCCGAUGUCUGGAUGUUUGGGGUGACCCUGUGGGAGAUGUUCACCUAUGGCCAGGAGCCUUGGCUGGGAUUAAGCGGACGACAGAUCCUAAACAAAAUUGACCGUGAGGGCGAGCGGCUGGAGCGGCCGGAUGAUUGCCCACAGGGCCUGUACUCCAUCAUGAUGAGGUGCUGGGCCCACAAACCAGAGCAUCGCCCCAACUUCAGCAACCUGAUGGCCCUGAUCCAGGAGGCGCGGCCAGUUGAGGUUCGGGUGCUGCAGGAUGUGAUGGAUGCCAAUUUGCUGCGUCUGGACGCUGGGGACGUGGUCACCCUCAUUGAUGUCGGGUCAGACUUGCAGAUGUGGAGGGGGCAGAACCGCCGAACCCUGAAAGUGGGACAGUUCCCAUCUUCACUGGUCAGCCCGGAGGACAUGGCUCAGGCGCGGAGCUGUGUACAGAUGACGAGCGGCCUGGGGAAGCUGUCCCUGGGAGAUGCUGAAGCUGAGAGCGAGAGGAGGAACAGAGGGAAGGAAGCUGCACGGAGAGGAGGAGGCGCAGGAGGAGGAGUGAAGUUACUGCGCAUGCAGGGGCUCUCGAAAAGUCUGGAGUCUCUGUCAGACUUCGGCCAGCAGAACACUCGUCAGAACCGGCCCGGACCCAAGAGCCGCGUGCGAGACUUGGAGAGCUCUCCACCCCGCGAGCCGUCCCCCAGAAGAAUGAGCGACCUCCCGCCCCGGAGGAUCCUCGCCAACCUCCGCCCCCCUGUCCUGCCCAAACCAAAACUGCCCGCCCCCAAGGAGAGGCACCUCCCCCUUCCCAGCAUGGACUACCCCUCCCCACAGAUGAGCCGCACCAGCAAAGAGAAGUUCUCAUCAUCUCCGGCCCUGGCACCUGCUGGGGAUGUAGUCCAUCGUUUACCGUCAGACGGAAAGACGGCGUCACAGAAAGGAGGCUCAGCCGAGAGCGACCUCCAGAGGAAGGUCAAGGAGGUGGAGGAGCGAGUUCAUGGAGUGACGACAGAAGAGAGCCGGGGCGCCCUGCGCAGCUAUGGUGGUGAUGUCACCCGCGCUGUGCAGUCUCUGAAGGUAGAGCAGCUGUACAAUGUGAGUCGGCACAGUAAGGAGGAUUGCCGGCGGAUCCUGGAGAAGUGUCAGUGGAACCUGGAGGCUGCUUCCCGCUACGUCCUGCGCAGAGCCUUGCACCCCCAGUGACCGGGUCACCAAAGUGAACUGGAACCUUGCUUAGUGGGUGGACAGAGUCCAUGAAGACUGAGGACGCCCCGCGUGGCUCAUGGGGUCUGCCAGGAAGGACGGGCAGGCGGUGGUUGCCAUAUUGAGGACCCUGGGGUGCUGGACGUCUCAGGGGGUCAUGGUGAACCCUAAAUGACUCAGGAACAGACCCUGCUGUACAUUUACCACCAGAUGGUAUUGUACGUUACAGGAGAGGCAGGAAGUGUCAUCAGAGGGUCACAGCUGUCAUCUUGGAGGUGACAUCUGCAAGAACUAAAAGUGUGUCCUCAUGACCAAAUCUGUGCCAAAAUCUUCUGUGGUAUUAAUGUGGACUUGUUGGAGGACUACAGCUCCCAGCAUAGACGGAGAACAUUGCUGGCUGACAUGUGAAGCCGAUAUGCAGUAUUAGGACAUUACACACAUGAAGGAGAAUUGCAUGUUAUUACCGGAUGUAAUAAAUCUAUAAUCACUCUGA